UAUCCUCAGAUAGCUAUGUUUUGGAGCGUUCUCUUUGGAUUCAUCGCGAUAUGGUAUGAUGUUAUCUUAGCUAGUGAAUCAGCUUAUGACAUCAGAGGUCAGAUAGCAAUCAGCAAUGAUCCAGGAUGGCAAACAAGAACUCUGAUUUCUGCUAACUUUGGUGAAUACCAUGGAUACGCUCAGCAGAAUGGUUCUUUUGUUAUUCCAAAUGUCAAACCAGGGAGUUACAUCGUGGAAGUAUUAAACCCAAACUACAUAAUUGCUCCAGUCAGAGUUGAAAUCAGUAGCAAAGCUAGUGGAAGAAUAAGAGCUCGUAAAGUGGACUAUGUACAACCGAAUGAGGUCAUGUUAGUUAAAUAUCCUCUUACUUUCCGAGUUGCUGAUAGGACUAAUUUCUUUGAAAAACGUGAAACGUGGCACAUAACUGACGUUUUCUCGAGCCCAAUGGUGCCCAUGCUGUUGCUACCUGUAUUCUUCAUGCUUGUACUCCCCAAAAUUAAAGACAUGCAAGAUCCUGAAACUAAGAAAGAAUUGGAGGAUGCUUCUAAGAUGAUGUCAAAUCCUCAGAUGCCAGAUAUGAGUGACAUGUUGACCUCUCUAUUGGGGGGUACCAAAAAACCUAAGAAGAUCGCCAGUUCAAAAAUAAGGCGCUAGACCUUACAGUGAUAUUAUGAAAUGUAAUGUGAAUUUGUUGAUAUGUAAUACCUUUCAACCACUGGGCUGAAAGGCGUGGGCGAAAUAUAUUUCUGUAAUU